AUGGACGUGCAGAUAAUGAAGAAGGUACACAAUAUGAAAUCCCGUAUCAAGGCGAAAACGGAUGUGAAUAAGACGGGAAACAUCAAGAUUUCACUGAAAAAUUGGGAGCAGAUAUUUUUAAAGUUUUUGGACGGAGAUGACUGCAACCCAACUAUCCACAGAGUUCCUGGAGCUUGUGCAGUAGGUGGUGGUACCACCUCCAUCAUCCCAUCACCAAGCAAUUCGGAGGUAGCUGACACAGACUGCAUGUAUGAACAGGAGUCAAUUUUGCAGCUACCACUAAUUCUUCCAGCCGACCAUAUGGACCUCGUGGGCCCCGAAGUCGUCGUACCUUCACAAUCGCCUGCUUCGGGGCAUGAGAGUGUGCUUAAACGUCGGCGAUUAAGCAUGGAAACGGAUGAGACACGUAAUUUGUCUACUCCAGAGCUGCAAAGGCUGGUCCUAUUGUAUCAAUUGGACAUACUCAAACGCAAGCGGCAGAAAUUGAUGCGCGAAGAAGACAAACAAUGAAACAAAUUUUCUGUAGUGUC